AGAAUCACAGUCAACUUAACGUUUACUCAACCUAACUUGUUACUACUAUCGAUGCUCUCUCAUUUUUCUCUUUCUUCAUUCUGAUGAUGAUGACGAUGAUGGGGUUCAAGAGUGUGAACUUGAUCUAUUAUGCACUCUUUCUUACCAUUCUUGUAAACGUCAAUGCUUCAAUUCAUCACUACAACAACGAACCCUUCACUCACCGUUCCAACGCUUUCUUCUUCCACGCCGGAACAGAAGCUAUCUUCUCCUCUUCUUCGUCUUUCAUCAGGUUCGAAACAGUGUCGUUCAACAGACCCAGAGAAUCUGCUAUCUCCUAUGGCCAAAUGCAAACCCAUACUGGUCUUGUUGAAGCAAUUAUUCUUGAAGUUAAAGACAGAAACAUAAUCGGUGGGUUCUAUUUUAAUCCCAAGUCUGAUUUAAUUUGUUGUACCCCUGAUCUUGCUAAAGAAUAUAACUGUAAUGUUGGUGAAGUUAUCAUUCAUAAUAAUCCUAAUAAUCCUGACUUUCCCAAACGGAUCAAAACCUUCUUCCGAGGAAUCAGUGAAGUUGCUCAUAUGGAUCUUCAAACUGUUGAAAUCAAUGCUACUGGGAUGUAUUAUCUUUACUUCAUGUUUUGUGAUCCUAACCUGAAAGGGACUACUGUUACAGGAAAAACUGUAUGGAGAAAUCCUAAUGGUUAUCUUCCUGGUAAAAUGGCACCUCUUAUGACCCUUUACGGUUUCAUGUCUUUGGCUUAUCUGUUACUUGGUCUUCUAUGGUUUUUGAGGUUUCUUCAGUUUUGGAAAGAGAAGGAUUUUAUGAGAAUAAGUGAUUUGAAUGGACCGUCUAUGACAUUUCCUAAUCUGAAGGAUUUGAAAAACUUGCAACUACUGGAGCUGAGAAACUGUUUAAUCACGGGUCCUAUUCCCGAUUACAUUGGUGAAAUGACAAACUUGAGAUCUAAGCUUCAAUAUGUUUACUGGUUCUAUCCCAAAUUCAAUUCAGGGAUUGAAAAGGCUAAAUUACAUGUUUAUGACUAA